GAACGUCAAUGGUGCUUAUCCCACGGUCCGCUAAUGGCUGAGCUUGUUCGGAAAAGCUCCGUGCACAUACGCGAUGCAAGAAUAGCGGGUCUGUAUGAUUUGGAACAUACUAUUGGUCAAGGACAUUUUGCUGUUGUAAAAUUAGCAAGACAUGUGUUCACUGGGGAAAGGGUCGCUGUCAAAAUCAUCGACAAGUCGAAUCUCGAUCGUGAGUCGAUGGAGCAUGUCAUGCAAGAGGUGCGGUGUAUGAAGCUGGUGCAGCAUGCGAACAUCGUUCGUCUCUAUGAGGUCAUCGACACCAAGACGAAGUUGUUCCUGAUUCUUGAGCUUGGCGACUACGACAUGCACGACUUCAUCAUCAAGCAUGAAAAUGGUAUUGCGGAACCACUGGCCCAACAGUAUUUCUAUCAGGUUAUAACAGCAAUCGACUACUGUCAUCGCCUUCAUGUGGUACAUCGUGAUUUGAAGCCGGAAAAUGUCGUGUUCUUCGAAAAGCUCGGAAUGGUGAAGUUGACUGACUUUGGAUUUUCAAAUCUGUUUGAACCUGGAAAGCAGUUGCGCACUGCUUGUGGCUCUCUGGCAUACUCAGCUCCUGAAAUUCUCCUUGGAGACGCCUAUGAUGCUCCAGCGGUUGACGUUUGGUCGCUAGGAGUAAUCCUUUUUAUGCUUGUAUGUGGUCGAUUGCCCUUUCAAGAAGCAAAUGACUCCGAAACUCUCACUAAAAUCUUGGAUUGCCACUAUAUUACACCUGAACACCUCUCCAACCCGUGUAAAAACCUAAUCCAACGUAUGCUGGUACGUGAUCCAUCACAAAGAGCAGUGCUGGCAGAGAUUGUAUCGAAUGCUUGGGUGAUGGCAGGAGACAGGGGCCAUGCUGCGGCUUUACCUCUAAUUGUCAAGCAUCAUUUGUCUCAUUCCACGCACACAACUAUCAUUGAGCAAAUGGUGGCAGGUGGCGUAGGAUCAGAAGAAGCUAUUUUGAGAGCUCUUGAGAACGAUGAAUACAAUUCGAUGACGGCAACUUAUUAUCUUCUUGCUGAACGCGUCCUUGCCACCUAUAGGGAAGAGCAAGCUAAGGAAUUGAUGAAUAAGACAGGGAGUACCAUACCUGACGAGGACUUCAUAGAAAGUGCUUCUCGCACCCAUGCCAUGUCACAACCGGCUGGAUCUCGGUGUCGUAGCAGAUCCAGUUCAUGGCGUGCUCGACCAUGUUCGAUCCUCAAAGAGGAGAGCGAGGAAGAGUUGACUUCAUAUCUGCGUUCUAGCCGUCAUAGUAGUCGGUUUGUCUUAUUUUUUUCUGUUUUUCUAUUAUUUAGUUUUUUGAACUCUUCACCUGCAGUCUCAAUGUUUAGUAGCACACGUGAACGUGUAAGUCCACAGGCUAUCCAAGACCUUUUGGAAUUGUGUCGAUUAGGUGGUCGUCGAGCCAUAAGUCCAGAAAGUAUACGGAGCAGUCAAUCGCCAUCUCCUCCUAGUAGCAGUGGAAGAAGCUCUCCAGGUCUGCGUCAACUGGAGUUGUACAUAUUCGCCAUGGAACAGCGCAAUCGUCAAAAGGUAUGGGCUCGCAUCCACAACCAACGUAUAGUUGGUGAGAAAGAAAAAGAUUUUUCUUUGUUACGUGUAUUCAUGACCAAUGCUGCUGUUCACAUGUAA